CCCCUUGAUGAGGAUUUUUCGAUGCCGACUUCUAAAAUUUUCCAGCAGUGAGAACGGAAGCCGCGCUGCAUUCUGGGACAGGCAGGUCAGAGUUCAGUCGGAUUCUUCGGCGGAAUUUUCGGACGACUGGAAAAAAUAUAGGAGAAAAAUAAACAUCAAAUUUAACAAUGCUGCACAAGCGCCAACAGGUGCUCUCGGAGAGCGAGAGUAACUGGGACAGUAGCGAUGAGGAAAAGUCGUCUGUUAUCGAGACUCCGCGUGCGACAGACGCUCCCAAAGACAUGUUCGGCCAAAAAACUACAGGUGAACCAGGAAAAACUUCUCAACCCAAACCUAGUCCCCGGCCUGAAAAACAGUCUACUCUGGGCAAGAAUUCAACCAGCCAAUCAGGAAUGAAGUCAGGAAUAAGUGUCUUCAGCGACAGGGGUCGUUGGCAUGACAACGAUGUUGACAGGCAGGGAAAGUCAGGGAAGGACCAACCGCCGUAUGACUUCAAGGGGGUUAUCCCACCAGAUAAGCCGUCUCCAGGCAGACAGCCUCCUGGGAAGGGGAGGAAAGGUCACUCCUACGACCCUGACUCUGACCUUCGACCCAACAGCAGUGGGCAUGCAGUGCUAGGGUCCUGGGAUGACUCCGAAGCAGAAGAAGAAACGCUGGCAGCUAUCCGAGCGAACAUCACCAAGGACACGGCAAAGUCUGGUCCGGCAGAUACCAAGUCAUCCGGGGGGACCACCAGCAGGAGGGACAAAAAUAACGACAGCGGCAAAAAUAGCGACAGCGGCAGGACAAAAGAUAAGAAAGGUAAGAAGGAGGAUGCAGGGCUGUGGCCAGGCCGGUCCAGCGGGAGGAGGAAGCAGCAGGAAAACUUGUCCAUUUCUACCCGACAGCUGGUGCCGGAAGCAGGGGAUUCUGGGAGCGAGACUGAGGAACCAUACAGCCCUGGGACAGAGAUGUCUCCACAGUACAGCCCUGGGAAUGAGAGCAGCAGCAGGUCGUCGGAGGUGUACGUGCGUCGCGGCGUGCGGGAACUGUUCGGAGCUCUGCGUCUGCUGGUGGAUGUGUUCGUGAUCCUGACCGUGGAGCUCUCGCGCUUCCUGUUCCGCCAGCUGGUGCAGAACCUGCUGAUUGGUCUGCUGGUCGUCAUGGGCGACCACCUCUUCAAGCCGCUGGUGGCCGCCCUGUUCAACAGCUUCCUCCAGCCCGGCCUCAUGCUCAUGUGGAACGUUGCCACGGCAACCAAGACAGUCUUCAGCCCGCUCAUCGACAUCUUACGGGGCGUGGCUCUGCAGGUUGCCGUGGUGCUACAGGCAUUCCGAUUGGUGGAGGUAAACUGGAAAGGAACCAAUCGGGACCAUCGGCCGCUGGAGGAAGUUUAACGACAGCUCGAAUCUGUUUUUAGCUGGUAGCUAAAUUCUCAUAUAGAUGGGAACAUGGCAACUUCUGUAUUUAAAUCCUUCCACUGUUUUCUUAUAUUUCCGUCGACUGUAUUUCAUGAUGCUUCAUAUUUUGUUCCAUUUCGUACUUUCUGUACAUUCCAUUUCAUUCCGUUUUUUUCAAUUUCAUUCCAAUUUGUUCCAUUUCAUACCAAUUCAUACCAUUUCUCACUUUCUGUACAUUGGCCCACGUGCCAAAUUCAACAGAAUUGAAUACGUGAUAAAAUAGGGGAACAAAAACUUGUAUAUUUUGUAUUUUUCAAAGUUAGAGGCAUUAUUGUUUUAACUGUAAAGCAGAAUUCUAUGUAUUUCUUUUGAGUUUGCAUUUAAGAGACAGAUAUUCUGUCUGUCCUGAGCACUUUUGUUCUGUGAGACAAGAGAAGAUGAAUAUUAAACCCACUUCAGCUUUAGUCAUGUUGGGAAGAUGAGGGAAAUGUGCUCAGGGAAAGACAGGCAGAAAAUAUCUUCUAGGUGCAAGAUAAAAGCUGCUUGAGCAAGUAGAUAGAACAUUUUUGUAUCUUACUACCUUGAUGUCUUUCUUCAAUGUAUAUGGUCUUGUUUUUUUUGUUAUAUACAUGUAGAUGAUGAAAUGCAACAGUUUUCUUUACUUCUCGAAUUCCCGUCCGUGUUAGGUACAGACGGCCGUCCAUGCAACUCUCACGUGCAAUGUUAUGUAGAAAAUAAACACAUUCCGA